UUGUACUGGAGUAAUUAUAUUAUUGAUAGAGCUUAGAGAGAUAAGAGUGUUCUUUUGUUCCAAGACAAAAGAAGGGCAAAUUCCCUAUUUUCUCCUUCCCCAAUCCAAUCACAGAAAAAAUAAAAAAUAAUAAUUUGAGAAUCUGGAAUUGAAAGAGGGGCAUGUGCUCUUUUUGAUAAUGUUUUACGAACUUGUAAUGCUUGAAUCUGAAUCCGACAUUCAUUUUUCUAUGAACUUUACCAUUUGCCAAACCUAAAAAACCGAUCGCUUUUCAUGAAGUGAUUCAUUUUCUUCUUCUUAAUUCUGUCGAUUUGAUUCGUUUUCGUUUAAUUUCGGCUGUUGAAAGGAAAAAAAAUUAUUAUAAAAAUGAACGGCGGUGAUGGUGGAGAUGUCGCGGCAGCUCCGGCGGGUCCACCACCGCCGCUUGAGUGGAAAUUUUCUCAGGUAUUUGGUGAACGUACGGCCGGAGAAGAAGUUCAGGAAGUUGAUAUCAUCUCCGCAAUUGAGUUCGAUAAAACUGGUGACCAUCUUGCUACUGGAGAUCGUGGUGGUAGGGUUGUAUUAUUUGAAAGAACUGAUACAAAAGAGAAUAUUGGAAGUCGGAGAGAGCUAGAGAGAAUGGACUAUUCAGUGAGUCGGCAUCCAGAGUUCCGUUACAAGACAGAAUUUCAAAGCCAUGAGCCUGAGUUUGAUUAUCUGAAGAGUUUGGAAAUUGAGGAGAAAAUCAACAAGAUCCGUUGGUGCCAAUCGUCUAAUGGUGCCCUCUUUCUUCUAUCCACCAAUGACAAAACCAUUAAGUAUUGGAAGGUCCAAGAGAAGAAAGUUAAGAAGAUAUAUGAUAUGAAUAUUGAUCCUUCUAGAGCUGUUGGAAAUGGCAGUGUGGCCAGCUCUAGUGUUUCUUCCAGUCCAAAGCAAUGUAGUGCUAAUGGGGGUUAUGCAGAUAGAUCUUUGAAUUGCUUGAGCAAUGAUUUGUCGUUUCCACCUGGGGGCUUUUCUUCAUUACGUUUACCUGUGGUAGUAACAAGUAAUGAGACCAGCCUUGUUGCUAGGUGCAGAAGAGUGUAUGCUCAUGCACAUGACUAUCACAUCAACUCUAUUUCAAAUAACAGUGACGGCGAAACAUUUAUAUCUGCUGAUGAUCUCCGGGUCAACCUUUGGAACUUGGAAAUAAGCAAUCAGAGUUUCAAUAUUGUUGAUGUCAAGCCAACAAAUAUGGAAGAUUUGACUGAGGUGAUAACUUCAGCAGAAUUUCAUCCUACUCAUUGUAAUACGUUAGCUUAUAGUAGUUCAAAAGGGUCGAUUCGUCUCGUAGAUCUGCGGCAGUCAGCUUUGUGCGACUCACAUUCUCAGUUGUUUGAGGAGCAAGAAGCACCUGGUUCAAGAUCUUUUUUCACAGAGAUAAUUGCUUCAAUUUCUGAUAUUAAAUUUUCUAAGGAUGGAAGAUACAUACUCAGCCGUGACUAUAUGACCCUAAAGCUAUGGGACAUAAAUAUGGAUUCUGGUCCAGUGUCAACCUUCCAGGUUCAUGAAUAUUUAAGACCAAAGCUAUGUGAUUUAUAUGAGAAUGACUCCAUCUUUGACAAGUUCGAGUGUUGCCUUAGUGGUGAUGGGCUGCGAGUAGCUACUGGUUCUUAUAGUAAUCUUUUCCGUGUCUUUGGUUGUGCUGCGGGCACUACUGAAGCAACUACACUGGAAGCUAGCAAAAACCCCAUGAGAAGACAAGUACAGACUCCUUCAAGACCUUCCAGGUCCCUGAGCAGUAGCAUAACACGUGUUGUCAGGAGAGGUUCAGAAAGUCCAGGUGUUGAUGCAAAUGGAAAUUCAUUUGAUUUCACAACGAAGUUGCUCCAUCUAGCGUGGCAUCCAACCGAAAAUUCAAUUGCCUGUGCCGCUGCAAACAGCUUGUAUAUGUAUUAUGCAUAAGUGUUAACAGGAGGAAUGUAGUUUCUUGGAUAGCAUUUUUUCAGGUUGCUUUUUUAAGAAACGUUUUCUUCAGAAGCAGCUUGAGGUUCUACCAUUUCACUUCCAGGUGCCUCGCCAACCUGUAACAUGCAUGGUCCAGAAGUGGAUGAAAAACUCCAAACAAACCAACUUUGUCUUUAUCAGCAUACUGAUGACCUCGCGUUCUUAUCUUCUUCUUCUCGUUUACUGCUUCAGUCUUUUGAAUUUGUUAUUAUAUUGGGUCGGAGUAGAGAAAGAAUGCCUUAGUUCUCCUACAAGCAAAAAAAAUGCCACUAGGUUUUAAGGUAAAUGUAGUUUUUACUGAAAAUGGUGGGAAGGAGCUGCUGCUAACUUGCAGGGCGCUUAGCUUAUUUUGUUGGAUAGCAUUAUUUUUUGUAGGAUAAAUCAGUGUGCCUUUUGUUAUAGAUUAUUAACUAAAGUAAAUUUUUUCUGUAAAACAAGUUGAAGGGCACUGACAUUUGUUCACUUGUAUUUUUUGCUUUUUGGAAGUGAAGUUGGCACUGUUAAGCUCGUCACUCCUUACAGAAUUUUCAGCGUUUUAACAUUCUACUACUCAUAUUGGAUUGCAGUUAGUACUGUUGUGAUGGAACAGUAUAAUUGA